AUGAGUUCAUCAUUAUCGCCAACAUCGGCAUCCGGAUCACAAGAAGUGUAAGUUGAGAUAUACUUGUUAUUCGCACACAUUCAGCGUAAUGUUUUGAACGUGAGUACUGACGU